CCCAACUACAAACAAAGAAGAGGAUUCUAACAACUUGAAUACUCCCCCCCUUCCCCACACACCUCCUUUCUUCUCCUCCCUCCCCCCCCCGUGCUGUUUUUAUUCUUACCUUCUCCCCCCCCUCCUACACACGCACACACAACCCCCCAGGACCGUCCCGGGGAGAGGUACGGGCUUGUCUUCCUUCUCGCCCAGCUCGGCUGCGCACCGCCGGACCGCGCGUGGAUGUUAAACGAAACGGGAGAGCGGCGGCGGCUCCUCGCGAUCGGGUUUCUGUCUUGAUCGAUUCCGCUUGAGCAACUUUGAUCCGACGAAACCAUGGAUGUAAGGUUUUAUCCGUCGGCGGGUGGGAACCCCAUUCCCGGAGAACCGUCGAACCUGGAUUUUCCCCACUGCCUGGGUUACUACAAUUAUAACAAGUUUGGGAACAACAAUAACUACAUGAGCAUGGCCGAAGCCAGCAGCGCCCUUCUUGCAGCCAGCGAGCAAACGUUCCACACACCCAGCCUGGGAGACGAGGAGUUUGAAAUUCCGCCCAUCACCCCUCCUCCGGAGACAGAAUCGGGAAUGGGCAUCGCGGACAUGGGCUCGCCAUUUCAGGGGCUCCCCAACCCCCCGAGCACACAGGGUGCCCGGUUUACCCCGCAGUUCCCCCCACAAAGCCUGGAGCUGCCCUCCAUCACAAUAUCCCGCAAUCUCAUGGACCCGGAAGGAGCUGUCCUCAACAACGGCCUACCUGUGAACAUUUCCCAAAGUCAUGUGCAUCACUGUCAUCCCAACACCUCUAUGGUCAUGAGGUCUGUGGUCAACAUGAGCAACCCCUCUGCAGGAAUGAUGUCACGUAAUCAGCUGACUACUAUCAACCAGUCGCAGCUCAGCGCACAGCUGGGCUUGAACUUGGGUGGCCCCAAUAUGCCACAUACCUCCCCCUCACCCCCUGCCAGCAAGUCGGCCACGCCCUCCCCUUCCAGCUCCAUCAAUGAGGAGGACCCCGAGGAAGGAAACAGGGCGAUUGGAGAGAAGCGUCCUGCCCCGGACACUGGGAAGAAGCCCAAGACCCCCAAGAAGAAGAAAAAGAAGGACCCCAAUGAGCCCCAGAAGCCUGUCUCAGCUUACGCUCUGUUCUUCAGAGACACCCAAGCAGCCAUCAAGGGCCAGAACCCCAGUGCUACGUUUGGGGAGGUCUCGAAGAUCGUGGCCUCCAUGUGGGACAGCCUGGGGGAGGAGCAGAAGCAGGUCUAUAAAAGCAAAACCGAAGCCGCCAAAAAAGAAUAUUUAAAAGCCCUCGCUGCCUAUCGAGCCAGUUUGGUUUCAAAGGCAGCUGCAGAGUCAGCUGAGGCGCAGACCAUACGCUCCGUCCAGCAGACCCUGGCGUCCACCAACCUGUCCCCUUCCCUCAUCUUGAACACCCCGCUGUCCCAGCACCCCUCUGUUUCUGCAGCAGCACAGGCCUUGCAGCAAGCCCUCCCUAGGGCCAUCGCACCCAAACCACUGCAGAUGAGGCUGUCAGGCAGCCAGAUUGUCACCUCUGUUACUGUCUCUCCUCAAAACAUGCCCACAAACAUUCCCUCACCCCUGAUCAGCCAGAUAGGUGGGGGUAUGGUGGGGGCGCCCCCUGCAGGAGUGGCUCAGAUGAGCCCUCCCAUGCAGCCUCCACAGCCACACCAGUUGCAGCACUUGCAGCAGCACCAACAGCAGCAGCAGCAGCAGCAUCUUCAGCAGCAGCAUCUUCAGCACCAGCAGCUGCAGCAGCAGCAGAUCCACCACCAGCAGAUCCAACAGCAGAUGCAGCAUCAACAUUUCCAGCACCACCUCCAGCAGCAGCUGCAGCAGCACCAGCACCACUUGCAGCAGCAGCAGCAGCAUCAGCAGCAGCAGCAGCAGCAGCAGCACCACAUGCAACAGCAGCAGAUGCAGUUGCAGCACAUGCAGAUGCAACAGCUGCAUCAACAACAACUGCAGCAGCUCCAGCAGCAGCAGCAACAACAACAACAGCCACAUCCACCCCAGUCUUCCCCUCCCCAGCACUCCCCAGGAACGCCGCAGUCUGUGGGAGGCUCUGUAACCUUGGGCAGUCCUCAGUCCACCUCACAGCAGCAGCACCAGUCCCAAAUACAAGCUCAUGCCCAGGCCCAGGUGUUAUCACAAGUCAGCAUCUUCUGAGCCAAAAUGAAUUACAAAGAGGCGGAAACUAAUAAAAGCAUCAUCCAAGUUGCUUUUCUAAGUUGCACUUAAGAAGUGUGUAAAAAUAAAGUUUUACCAAGAACUGUCCAUUGUUGUUGAUGGAUAUGCAGACAUAAUGGGACAAGGCACUGAAACCAAUUCUGUCUAUAAAAUAGGCUGGGAAACAGACAAUGGGCUUAUGUUUGUUCUCCACUCUUUGGAAUGGAGUUGGGGCACAUAACUGAGAGAACUUGCUGCAAUGAUCACUGGGAGACUUUGUAUUCUUUUCUAAUGGCAAAGCUUUAUUUACACUGGUGUCGGUGUCUGUUGUGCUGCGUGAAAGGACAACCACGUUGGGUUUGGAGAGUCACUGUACCAUGCGUGUGUAACCUGGAUCUGCCGAGAAUCUUGAGGGAAGCCCUUUAUAAGAUGGGGAUCACAAGGACAUGAUAACUUACAGUACUGGUAACCAGUAAUGCAUCCAAUGAAAAAAUGGAUGUUUUUUUUUCUUUUCCACAGGCCAGUUCGUUGUAAAGGUUGUGUUUUUGUUUUGGUUUUUUCAACAUUCCAGCAGCUUUCUCUGCGUAGUACUGGCUGUCAGAGCUCCUAGUCCUAGGCUUGUUCUUUUUCAGCUCCCCCCAAAAAAACAUGAGACAAUACCUUGUCAUUGGCAUCCAAGCUGGAGGAAUUUGGAAAGAGUAAUGCACAUGUGCUCGAGGCAGAAGGAAGAUCGGACAGAUUUUAAAAACUGCCAUAGACCAUUCACGUCAUUGUGUGUCUUUAAACUGUGAUGGUAAACUACUGUAAGUUUCAAGGGGGGUGGGUGGGUAUGUUGGUUGGGAAAUCUGAAGCUCAUUCACUCUAAGCCCAGAAACAGCACUCCAAAUGGAUCACCGUUUUAAUGUAUUUGUCUUUUGUUACCUCAGACUUUUAACGCUAUCCUAAAUUAUGUUUAUUUUUUUCAAUUUUGUGUAAAAAAAUGCAAAUAUUUUAUGGUAAUUGUAACUCACAGGUUCUAGUUCAAUGGUCUCAUGAUCAGUGUAUUUUUAAAACCGUAUGGUCAGUACCAUGUACUUAUUGAAAGGAAAAUGAAGACCUGUAGCAAAACCGUUUUGUUGCACUGUAAAAGCCACUUGAAUAGGCGUGGAAAUAUUUAGUGCCAGCUGUAAAGAAUUCCUUUAAGAAUAAAAAGAAAAAAAGAUGUACAUUUUUUUUCGUAUCACAUGUUGUAAAGUUUUCAUAUGUGAAGCUUUAAUAUUCACAUUGGUAACAUGAACUGUGGAUUACAACAUCGCAUAGUGCAUUUACUGCUGUUUUAUACUUUUUUAUGAGUUACAAUAGCAGCAAUUAAUUUGUUUGUAUUUUGCUUAACAGAAAAAAAGAGAACUGCUUUUUUAUCUUGCUAUAGAAUAAAUACAUUUCAGUAAAAAAACCCAAGUGUUUUUGAACUCUUACUAGGCAAAUUUAUUCUUGCUUAUUUACAAUGUAAUAUAGAGACCUUCCAGAACUGAUAUAAUAUGAAUUGAGCCAUAAAGUUUGUCAAAUGCCAAGUAUGCUUAAUAUUUCCUUUCGUGAUCUUUGAGGUGUACUUGUUUGGGAUUAAAAUGGUAGGAUAAAAUUCCCCCCAAAAACCAUACAUUUAGUAACCCGUGACUUUCCAGUGUUCUGGUAACAUGAGAGAAUCUGAAGAGAAGAUGUACAGUACAUUUUCUUUUCAUACAAUAAACUUGUCAGGGAAACUGAACUCUAGGUGCUAAACAACAUUAUUGUUGCUACAUUAAAAUCUUUGUUUAAUUUAGUCGCUAUUCCUAAAUCUCUGCUCGGGCAGUAUUGAGCAUUGUGGAGCCCACAGCCUAAAUGGCAUUGUUUAAUUUGCCUUUUUUUUUUGUUUCCAAGAUGUUCUCCAAAUCGGUCUGCUCUCUCUGAAAAGGUGUAGAGGGAAGGGAAGGAGAGGCACACUGAUGCCCAUAAAACCACAAGACAUAUGUCACGCAGCUGCUUGGUUUCUCGUGUCUUGUUGCACGACUUGAUUUGAACACUGUUUAAAAUAAAAGUGAACACUGCCCUGGUGUAUUUUGGAAAUACCUGUAGGAUAAAGUGUUUUAAUAUUUUUUUAUUUUGAAAUUUGGUGACGAGACCGUAAUGAUUCUCUGAAUUCAGUAGAGUUGCAAUUCCCUUCUCCCCUGCAUGAUUAAUUACAGCAUCUGUCCUGUCAAAAGCUAUAGUGAAGAGGUCUGGAGAAAAACUGCAAAUACGCUCUGGCAACAAUCUUAAACCGCUUAUGAUAAAAUGAAAAUUAAAAGCAGCGAGUGUUGUACAUGACCUGAAUCUUAAUAGAGGGUAUGGGAGAAUGUUAAAGUAGGUGUCCAUGACUACCAAAACACGAGACUUAAAAACACACAAUAAUGAGGCUCUGGGAAAUGGCAUUUAUUAUUCUGAACAGAUUUAUGUUGAAGGGUAUUAAUAAUGCAUGCUGCUUUUGUUAUUCCAUAACCCUUUAGCAUUGUGUUCACUGUGUACAAAUAUUUCACAGCAAGGGUUGUAUUUUUGGGACUGUUCAAUAAAACCAAGUUACAAAUGUG